AUGUUGUUUCCUGUAACUUCUUUGCUUCGCACAACUGUGGCGCGAGUACCGCGCACUUUGUUGGCUACUGCCCAGCCAGUGCGUAUGUACCAUGAGAAGGUCUUGGAUCACUACAACAACCCACGAAACGUCGGUUCAUUCACCAAGAACUCAAACGAUGUGGGAAUUGGCCUUGUUGGUGCGCCUGCAUGUGGUGAUGUGAUGAAACUCAGCAUCAAGGUCAAUGAGGCCGGCAUCAUUGAAGAUGUGCGGUUCAAAACAUUUGGCUGCGGCUCGGCUAUUGCCAGUUCCAGCUACAUGACUGAACGAGUCAAAGGUCUCUCACUUGACGAGGCUGCGGCUAUCAAGAACACAGAGGUGGCUCGUGAAUUGUCACUUCCACCCGUUAAGCUGCAUUGCUCAAUGCUAGCAGAGGACGCUAUCAAGAGCGCGAUCAAUGACUACCGUAAGAGGCGCAACGAAACGGGCAACUUCAAGCAGGGUCACAUUGAGGUGAUGCAGGAUGUGGCCUCAGGUCAGACAACCGCCACACCACAUGUCGGUUCCGGCACAGUCUAA